AUAAACAACCCUGACCAGCUCGGUCCAAAAACAUGUUUACGGCUUAUCUACCCACUAUGGAGGAACCGAGCGAGCUGCGUCGCGGCAGAGAGGCUUAACGUUAGCUCCUAAAUGUAGCAACGUAAUGCUAAUUUAGCUGAAAUGGGUGAAGACGCCUGCAUUUCACGACACUGGCAGCUAAAGUAAAGGUGGGCAGGAUGGGGGAGCGGGCCGUCAGUGGCCCCGUGGCUACGAUCUCUCCAGUGCAGCAGAUGCUGGCCUCUGGCACCGGAGCCCUCCUCACAUCUAUAUUUGUCACACCGUUGGACGUUGUGAAGAUCAGGCUGCAGGCUCAGCAAACGCCGUUCCACCAAGCUUUAGCUUGUGAGUCUGCUCCGUGGGGCGGCGUCAUCCGCCCUUCCAAGUGGAAGUGUUUCCUGUAUUGUAAUGGACUGAUGGAUCACAUCUACGUCUGUCAGAAUGGAACCAGCUGCACCAGCUGGUACAAAGCACCAACACAUUUCAGCGGCACGCUUGAUGCUUUUGUGAAAAUCAGUCGACAUGAAGGACUGAGGUCUUUGUGGAGUGGGCUCCCACCGACACUUGUUAUGGCGGUACCUGCCACUGUCAUCUACUUCACCUGCUACGACCAGCUGCGAGACUUCCUGAGAUACGGUCUGGGUUUUCAGGGCAGCCACGUCCCUCUUGUUGCUGGGGGUCUGGCGAGAUUGGGGGCUGUGACAGUGAUCAGUCCUCUGGAGCUGGUCAGGACUAAGAUGCAGUCCCGUCGGCUGCCUUACAGCGAGCUGCGAGAAUGUAUCCGCUCUGCUGUGGCCCAGGACGGCCUGCUCUCUCUGUGGAGGGGCUGGGCACCCACUGUUCUCAGAGACGUUCCCUUCUCUGCUUUGUACUGGUUCAACUAUGAGCUGGUGAAGGCCCAGUUAUGUGAACAGUCCCGAGUGCCUCAGGCCAAUUUCUCCAUCAGCUUUACUGCAGGAGCUGUGUCUGGAGCUAUUGCUGCAAUCCUGACGCUGCCUUUUGACGUGGUGAAGACUCGGAGACAGAUCCAGCUGGGAGAGAUGGAUACUCUGGGAGUUUCCUUUAAGAGAACCACAUCUACAUGGCACAUAAUGAAGGAAAUAUGGGCUGAGCUGGGCUACAAGGGCCUUUUUGCAGGUUUCAUGCCGAGGGUGAUCAAAGUGGCUCCAGCUUGUGCUGUUAUGAUAAGCACAUAUGAGUUUGGAAAGGCCUUCUUCCAGAAGAUGAACCUUGAUCGAGAGUGACUGGCAUCCUGAGGGCUGUUUGUGUGGCGCUGGGUGUUUCUCAGAAGCACAUGCAGACAUUAUCAUCAGGAGACUUUGUCCCAAAUGCCUGUUUUCAGCUUGAGGAACAGGCGGGUUUGGAUUUGGUUUUGAAUGAACAAAAAAAGAUGAGGAUUCCUGCACAUUUCAGGGAUGUCACUCCCUGAAAAUCUGUUCUCUUGAAAUGUUCACAGACUGAUAAGACUGAAAUAUAUCUACUAUAAGGAGCUUUGACAACAAGCCUGGAUAGUGAAGGAUACACUGGGGCCACAGACUUCAUGCGUUGAUGAUUCGAGUAAUCUUUUUGCAUUGUGCAGGAAAGUUGUAAAAGGUUUAAUGCUUAAUGGGAAAAUUCCAACCCUCUUAAAGACUUUAACUGCAUCAACACUGUAGUGUGAGGAAAAUGUUCUCAUACCAAUACGUUGCAUUGCCUGACAAACUGCAUGGUGUGUACAUCCCCAUUCAAUACAGACGCUAGAUAAUAAGCUGCAUUGGCGUUACUGCAUCAUCCUGCAUUCCCGUAGCAGUAAAGCAUGACAUUUUUGACAUUUAUCUGCCGAGUAGAUGACUGACAAAUCUGUUUUGUAUGCUGGAUAGAUUUGACCAUUUGUAGCACUUUACAUUUGCAACACAACUGUGAAAUGAAACCAUAAAAAAUAAUUACAGGUAGGUUUUAUGUUGAAUGUACUCCUCUUUUCUGUUGUCAUAACUGGAGGAAAGCCAUAGUAUAAGAGACACAGAAAGUCUAAUGGCUAGAUUGGUGCAUGAUUUAAUUUUUUUCGUUACAAGAGUUAACUACAGGGGCACUCAGAGGACACAGACCUCUGCCAUGGCCAAUGUCAAACGACAUACACCAGAGUUCAGAGAAAAUAAUUCAAAUUCAUGGUAAAUGAUCUGGAAUUUAAUAGUUUCUUCCCUUCAGUGGAAAUCGGUUCAGUACUUUUUGCAUAAUCCUGCUGACAAAUAAACAGACACGGGUGAAAACGUGACCUCCUUGAUAGAGUUAAUGACUAUUUGACUUUUCAUCAUAUGUGAAAACCACUGCAGCCAGCUUCCCAAAAAUCCUACAGGUGUCCUUACGUUUUGCCAAGUCUUAUUACUUCUACCUGCUGGCUUUGUCAUUAUGAAAUACUUGUUAAGUCCUCAUUAGACAUAACAUCAAAACUUGUUACAACACUGGGACAUAAAACAAAAUAUUGCUGCCUUAACCUAAAAGGUGUAAAUGUAUGUACUUGUCUUUUCUUUCUCUUUUUUUUUAAAGAAUGAAGUGGUAAUAAAUGUUAUGACAACUUGA